AUGGCUUUUUUCGAUGAACAGAGUUCACGUUCCCGCUCAUCCCGUGAGCGUCACAAAGGAGGUCACACCCACUGCGACUCCUGCUACACGCGCCGCUGCAGAGCCCGGGUCGAGCCCUCUGUCUGCUGUCCGCUCAGUACCUGUCGCCUCCUGUGUGGGGCGCUCUUCCACCUGUGUAAAGAGGAGGACCACCUACUGCUCUGUCCCAAUGUCCGUGUCCCAUGUAUCAAUGCUGAGUUUGGCUGCCCCCUCCAAAUGCCCCGUUCGUCCAGGGCAGAGCACCUCCAGUACUGCCCUGCCAGUGUGGUCUCCUGCUCCAUGGAGUGGCUUAGGUGGCCUGUAGAUGAAACAAACCCAAACAGUUUUUUGGUUUUACAAGAAAAUCUGCUGAAAGAGAGAUGUGAGCAGCAUGAAGAGGCACUGGAUAUCAGUUUGGCGUUGGUGGAUCAGGCAGACUUAUAUUCACGACUUAAAAUGAAGCCACUGUUCCCAGAACUAAUGGAGGAGGAGGAGGAGGAGAAGAAAGAGGAGGAGGAGAAGAAAGAGGAGAGCGCAGUAGGAGGGACUCUGUAUGGGGAGGCUGAGGCAGAGCAACCAUCUUUGCCUGCCCCUGUGAGUGAGCCUGCCCUAGAGGAACCAGUGAAAAUGUCUCGCAGCCAGAUGUUAGGCCUCAUCAAAGAGAAGAGCAGCAUUAUGGACAUGAUGUUUGGGAUGGAGCGAGGAGCAUGCACCGUGGCUGAGUCAAAACAAGAUGAGCCAGCACAGAAAGACAAAACAAGAGAGAAGGAAGAGGAUAAAACUCAAAUUUCAAGGGCAAAAAGUGAGGAUCCAGAGAAUCAUGGAGCUGCUGCUGAGGCUCCUGAAGUGGACACUAGUAAAACAGGACAUGCCCCAUGGCAGCAGGGGGUGCUAGAGAGAAUUGGGAAGGAGCUGACCCCUCAGGAGUUUAACAUGUACAUAGUGCACCAUGGACGCAUGCUGAUGGCGUUCGGACAAAUCGAGGCCUGUACUCCGAGAGAGAGAGACUUUGUUUAUGGCAGUUUGGAACCUAUUCCAGUCCAGACAGUUCGCACUUUCAAGGUCCCAGACAGUUAUCACUACAGAUAUAGAGCUCAUUUAUACGACACUGCGGCUCGAGUUCAGACUGAGACUCGGGAGACGGACACCUCAGACCUGUGCUCCUCUGAGGACCAGUGGUUCAGCGAUGAGGCCAAACUCACACUACUGGGAUAUGCUGAGAGGGAGGUCAUGGGCCACAAGAUCUGUGAGAUAAAGGCUUCAGAUGGACUCUACGUUGACGAGGGCACACAGACUUUUUCUUUCCGCUCAGCUCCGUUCACCUCAAAAACCAAACUGUCUGAUGUCAUAUCAGAUACAGACCGGACAACCAUACUUCACCUACAGCUUCAGGCCGAACCUGUGAACAGUCGAAACAACCGAGUGAGCGCCUUCGCCUUCGUCUGUGGACAUGUUUUCCACCGCAGGGAAUACCCCACCCAUGUCAGAAAUGUUCAUUGUGAUAUCCACACUGGGCUCAGCGGUUGGUUCCAGCAGAGAUGUCCUUUGUCUUAUCUAGGAUGCACUUUCAGCUGCAUGAGGUUUCAGCCAUCAACUCACAAAGCUAACGUCACCUACAACCAUGAGCUGAAGACUUUUAACCUCCGCCCUGCUCCUGUCUGCCCUCUAUGGAAUGACUCUCAAACUGCAGGAGAGGACCCUCUGAGCUCCCUGCCAUAUGAGGUGCUGUGUCACGUGGCCAGUUUCCUGGACAGUCUGUCUCUAUCUCAGCUCGCCCUGGUGUCUCGCCUCAUGAGGCAAGUGUGCUCCUCUCAGCUGCAGGACAGGGGCAUAAUCACCCUACGCUGGGACAGGACCAGCAGUUCACGAGGAAAGAGCCAGUGGCGGGCAAAACCUGUUUGGGAGUUCAGUCACCUCUUUUCCAAAGUGGAUUCUUGGCACUUUUCAGAAAUGUCUCCCAUCUCAUCUCAUCUAAAAAUCUGUCCAUUUUAUGAGCAGCACGUUCACAGUGCCCGUGUCCCUCUGCCCAGUUUGAGCUCAAAACAGAAGAACAGCACACACAAACCAACUCUGGUUGAUCACUUCACCAAAAACAAAAAAUUAUAAAAAAAAAAAAAAAUCUGCAUUUUGUUUUGAGAUGGUGUUUUGAGACAUUCUGUUUUGCUAGUUUUUGUCUUUAAAGUGCACUUUUCCUUGUAUUUUCCUGCUGAUGGCUCUAAUAGUAUUAUGCAAUAUAUUGUUGAAUUAAUAAUGUAAAAAAUACAGAUAUAUGAAAUGUAUUUUAUUUUUUUCUGAUUUGCAUUACACAUUAGCUUUGAUCUCAAAAGUGGGUCACUGAGAAGAUUAAAGCAUUAAAACAGCCCAUUGAAAAAAUGAAAUGACAAUAGGCCUAUGCAUAUCAACAAAACAACAAAUAUAGCCACAAGCAGCAAUAAUCAGCCCACAUAAUAACUGAAUAUGAUAGUCUUGUAAUAAACCAGUGUUUCCUUUCCUGUUGUAUUUUGCCUUUGGGUCUAGUGAGAAUUGUGAUGAGAUCAUUUUCCAUUUUUUAUCAUUGGUUAUUUGGUUGGUUAUUUAUUCAUCACUAGGGCAAAACUCUAAGAAAUAUGGCACUGACACUUUGAUCAAGCAAAAUUUCAGACAUUUUUCAAAAAUCUAAACUUUUUUUUAUCAGCAUAUGGGGUAAAGUUAAAACUAAAUUUCACUGAGUGUAUAGCACUCACUGUUGGUAAAGCAAUAGGGGCUUGGGCUCUAUAGGGGUUCGGCCCUAGAUUGUUCAUAUGCUGUUCCUUUUAGGAUGAUAUUGCAAUAUAGUGGUUAUAUCAAAUUUCAUGAUUCAGAGCUGUGGUACCUGACUUCUCCAUAGAUCAUAUUGUAAAAGCAGCUCAUAAUGAAAAAUCUGAACACUACGUCAUCUUGCAUAUAUUGGUAAAAUAUUUUAACAAUCACAGAUCUGAAAUAAACAGUCUGAUACGUCACUAAAAUUGUUUUGAGCAAUGCAUUAGCAUCAAACAGGAAGUGGACACUCCAGCAAAAAACAACAUAGUGCACGUUUAAGGGGCAAUCAUUAGGCCAAAAAGGAACUGAACAAUUUUUUUAUAGUCAAAAUUGGUAUAUUUAGAUUUUCACGAUAAAGGUAAAUGCAUUUGA